CUUUAACAUUCCAUUUCUUUGUUGGAUUUCAUAGCGACUGCUCCACUAACAAAAGAAAACGCCUCCAGGAUAGGACAUCCUUCUGGGUACUGCCUUGGAUCUAGCAUUGAGCAUCAAACGUGACUAGCUAUGCAGUCCCAAGUGGACUAUAUGUUCGUAGCUGAUUAUAGAACAUAUGGCAGUCUUCUUGAGGCCGAUCAGACGGCAAGCCCUUUGUGCCUGUGAGCUAGCACAGCAGGCUGUGGCUCCCCGAUCUUUGUCAGACAACGAAUUUGUGAAUUUCUUGAGGACCGCACUUUGCGAUUUUGCCACUGAGAGGAAGGGAAAGGACACUGCAAUGGGGAACACAAAUUCCCACCCUUCACAGGCGCCUGCGGGCGUGAGCCAGCAUGAGCACUACCGUGCAGAGGCCAAGAAACAUGCAGAACUGCGCAACCAAUACUAUCAGCAGUCACAGGACGCAUUCAGGAGCGGGCGCAAGGCAGAGGCGAAAGCGCUGUCGAACAAGGGGAAAGCCGAGGCUGCGCUCAUGGAAAAAGCGAACAGGAUGGCAAGCGAUGCAGCUUUCCAGGGGAACAACAUGGGUCGGGACAGCGCCACGAUUGACCUGCAUGGCCUCUACGUUGAUGAGGCUGUGCGGCGCGCACGUGAGUGCAUUGUGAAGGCCAGAGGCGAGGGCAAAGAGUACCUGGUGUUCAUUGUGGGGAAGGGCAAUCACAGCGCAGGCGGCGUGCAGAAGCUUAAGCCAGCCAUCGAGAAGCUGGCGCAGGAGGAGAGGCUGACAUGCAUCCCAAACAAGCCCCACGACGGAUGUGUCUAUGUCAUUCUGGAGGGCGAGGGCAAGGUCAUGGACGGGCUUGCCGCAUUCUUCAAGGGAAUCAAAUCCCUUUUCCGCAAGAUCUUCCACAAGUCUUGAACCAGGGCUGAUAUUGAUGAGUGCCGUUGAGGACAGAUUGAGAGAAAUCGGCUUGGGACCAAGACAUUGAGAACUGCAUGAAGGAACAAUAUUCACAGAACUGGUAUUGCCUUACAUUGUGAAUUCAUGUUGCUACUUUGACCAUCAGAUUUAAGCGUUACAAUUACCUUUUCUGAACAAUACUUGUAAUUGUGCACCC